AUGAAGCACCAUUUGAUGGUUGGGACGUGGACCGCCCCCGGGCGCAUCUACACCGUUCAAUUUGACGACGAGGCCCUCACCCUCGAGCUGGUCAAGACCACCCACAUUCCCGAGGCCGAGCCCAUCUCAUGGAUGACCUUUUCUCAUGACAAGAAGGCAAUCUACGGCGCGGCUAUGAAGAAAUGGAACAGCUUCGCUGUCAACGGGCCGACCGACAUCGUCCACCAGGUCUCUCACCCGGUUGCGGGACAUCCUUUAGCCUCCAGCGUUGAAACCAACACCCGCGCCAUCUUCGUGCUUGCGGCCCACAAGCCUCCAUACAACGUGUACGGCAACCCCUUCUACAAGCAUGCUGGAUUCGGGAACAUCUUCUCUGUGAAGCCCGACGGUGCUCUCGACACCAAUGUCCAGAACUACGAGUACCAGGAGAACACGGGCAUCCAUGGCAUGGUGUUUGACCCCACCGAGACCUACCUAUACUCUGCGGAUCUGCUGGCCAACAAGAUAUGGACACACAAGAAGGACGCGGAGACCGGUCAAUUGACUCUGGUCGACUGUCUUGAGGCUCCCGCCCCCGGUGAUCACCCGCGCUGGGUCGAGAUGCAUCACACUGGCAAAUACCUGUAUGCGCUGAUGGAGGCGGGCAACCGCCUGGCCGUCUACGUGAUCGAUGAGCGCACUCACAAGCCGGUCUUUACCCACAUCACCUACCCAUUGCUCCCCUCUGGACUGCCUCCCCGUAACAAGUAUCGCGGAGAUGUGACAUUCACCACUAAGAGCGGUGACUACCUUUUCGCGACCACCCGGUCCAACCACUUUGACGUGACAGGCUACAUUACUGCGUUUAAGCUGGGACCUAACGGUGAAAUUGAGCGACAGCUCUUCAUUAACCCUACUUCUACUAGCGGCGGCCACUCCAACGCUGUCAGCCCCUGCGACUUCAGCGACGAAUGGGUGGCUCUCUGUGACGACCAGCUGGGCUUCGUCGAGAUGUACCGCUGGCGCGACGAGACCCUGGCCCGCGUAGCCCGCGUGGACAUUCCGGAGCAGGGCUUUGGCAUGAACGCGAUCUGGUAUGAUUAA